GUUCUGAAGAUUAUUAUGUUCAUUGUGGGCUUUUAGGGGCCACGAAAAAGUUAACUAAAUGCUGGGCCCAAGCCUAUACAACAUUCAGCGCGAUAACACACCCCGGAAUCAGAAACUGACCACCGGAAACUCCGGCGCCGCCGUCAGAGUUCGAGCUGCAGCACAAACACAGACGCUCUAGCUUAGCUUCAGCCGGCGCCGCCGGGAACCUGUCUCAGAAGAAGCUCCAGGAAUGGAAUGAGAAGAAGUGCACCGGAAAAUUAGGUUUCAGCGAUUUGACCUCUGGAUCAUCCGAACAUGGAUUCCCGCUGUUUCAUAUCCGAUUUCCGUUCGAAUUCCGUUUUCUCACCACCAGUUCCAAAAGCCCUCAAUAAACCCUUCCUCGCUCUACCUUGUUGCUGGUCCGCUCGAGCCCACCGCUGGCUCUACUUCGAAGACGCCCAAUUUUCAGCUUCUCCGAGGACAAGAAAGAGCCGGUUUUUACCAAAUCUGGAAUGCAUUAACAUUAGGGCGAGUCGGGAAUCAAUCAAGAAUUCUGCCGAAGAGAAGAAGAAGAAGAAACCAGGGGUUGCGAAGAAAAAGUUAGCAGUUUUUGUAUCUGGUGGAGGGUCGAAUUUCAAAUCGAUUCAUGAAGCUUGUGUCGAGGGAUCCGUUCAUGGUGAAAUUGUUGCUUUGGUCACCAAUAAAACUGACUGCGGAGGUGCUGAGUAUGCCAGAAACAAAGACAUCCCAGUUCUUCAGUUCCCUAGAACAAAAGAUGGGGCGGAUGGAUUAUCCCCAACUAGCCUUGUGGAUGCUCUCAGGUUCCAUACUUUGCCGAAAGACAAGGGAUUGAAUUUUCUUUCCUCGCGUAAACAUGAUGCAAAUGUGAUGUUUACACUUCAUAUUGUUGUCUCUGAUAAGGAACUUUGAAGUUGAGUUUGUGCUCUUGGCUGGGUUUCUAAAGCUUAUACCAGUGGAGUUGAUCAGGGCUUAUCCUCGUGCCAUACUAAAUAUCCAUCCAUCGCUUCUUCCGGCUUUUGGGGGAAAAGGGUAUUACGGGAUGAAGGUGCAUAAAGCGGUCAUUAGCUCUGGUGCAAGGUACUCAGGUCCGACAAUUCACUUUGUUGAUGAGCACUAUGACACUGGGCGUAUCCUUGCUCAAAUGGUCGUCCCAGUUCUUUCAACUGAUAGUCCGGAGGACCUAGCUGCCAGAGUUCUGAAAGAGGAACAUAAGCUAUACAAAGAAGUGGUCGCUGCACUAUGUGAAGAAAGGAUAGUGUGGAGGGAAGAUGGUGUUCCUCUCAUUCAAAGUAGACAGGACCCCAACCAUUUCUGCUAGCUGCGAGAACUGGGUUUUCCGUGCAUCUAGUUUAUCAAACCUGCGUUUUCCGUUUCAGUUUUGGGUGAAAAUGAACUUUCAUGUUUUGUACUUGUGUUAUUCAUCGAAAAUGUAGUUAAAAAUUAGAUUACAAAGGCUCGUUCAGGUGUCAGACUACGUCCACCGGUAAUAGACGAUUUUGGCCUAUUGGACAUAAGCUUGUGCCUCACAUCACCAAAUGCGGCAACAUUUAGGUCUCCAAAAUUAGAUUCCAGCUCCAGUUUUGUAUAGAUGGUAUAAAGCUACAUGUUUAGCUAACUGAAGCGAGAAUUAGAC